AUUUUUGUUUUCCCCUUCUCUCAACCGCUUCGGCGACGUCAUCAUGACCACUUCUGCUAAUAGAUACACUCAAAAUAUGCGUGCGGUACGGUAAAUUCUGAGUAUGUAUUCAUUCUAUAACUCAUCUGGCAUGGUUGUUCACAACGCCGAAUUAAGUGCACAUUUACCACCUAGCAGGCUUAUCGGCGCGAGUUCCUGAUUCCCGUGCCAACCUUGUUCAUCAUGAAACGUCUUGGAAUAUCAAAGAUGGCGAUGAUUACUUUUCCACUGUACCAAGUCUACACUUGCCAAUCAUGAGGCAUGGCGUACCGUUCCAGAAGCCCUAUUCACAUUGGCAUAAUUCUCUUGACUCUCCUUGUUUGCGUUUACCUGUACAAUAAGCAGUCUACGAAUCUGCGAUCAUCAAUCCUUCAGUUCUCAGUCGACGAGCAGAAGCCUUCCGUGGACAUUCUUCAGUCACUUUUUUUGACGGAGGACCAAUGCGCGGUAACUUUUCCAGGUUUGACGAAGGAGAUUGACGAUGCGGUGGCUAGAGGACCAUUUCCACUGAAGAAACAGCCGGAUCACCGUACAGGCCUUGUGCAAGGAAGAAUAAAGGAUGGAAAGGUCAUAUUCGACCACUAAAGUAUUCAUCUGGCUAGCUAUAUUGACUGGCAGAUCAGGUAUAUAUAAUUUCUACGGACGCGAACCUUCCCCGGAAUAUGCUUCAGGUUUGUCCCUGUUUCUCUCUAUCCUUCGUACAUAGUCUGAUAAUCAUAUUACAGGAGCGAGAUUCUGUUCUACAUCAACUCCACCGUGCCAUUAUUACCUCUCCGUCUCCUCUUCCAAACACUAUUUUCGCAUUCAAUAUACUCGAUACCCCCAUGAAUAAUUCUUGGGCAUUCUCUAGAUCUAAUGACCCUCAUAUCGAGAACGGGAACUAUUGGGUUAUGCCGCACUUUAGCUUUUGGUCCUGGCCGUUAUCUUUCAUUGGUACCGUUGAUCAAGCAUUAUCUAAAAUUGAGCACAUAGAGAAGAACACACUAUGGAGCGAGAAAAUUGAUAAAGCAGUGUGGAGAGGGACAGGUUGGUUCAAUACAGUCGGUAACAAAGACUUGCGACCAGGCUUAAUUCAAGCGGGAAAAGAGAAGGAAUGGGCAGAUAUAGAAGCUCUAAAGUGGAACACAAACAGCGAAAGUGCUCAAAAUUCUAUUGGAAUCGAAGACUUUUGUAGGUACAAGUACAUCGUUUAUACAGAGGGUAUAACCUAUUCCGGGCGCCUACUCUUCCAUCAAGCGUGUGCUUCCAUUAUCCUCACACCACCACCAACGUAUCUACUUCACAAUACACAUUUCAUGCGUCCAAUAUUUUCAAGCUCAUUUUUUCCGGCGCGUGAAGAAUCUCCGAAGACCGGCUAUGAUUGGGCAACUCGUUGGCCUAAAACAUACGGACCAAGUGAAGCGAACAUCAUAUUCGUUGAACCCGACUGGUCAGAUCUCGAGGAAACAAUCAUGUAUCUACGAAAGAAUCCUGAGAUAGCUACUGGUAUUGCUAAAAGACAAAGAGAACUAUUCACCAAGUACUUGUCCCCUGCUUCUGAAGUUUGUUAUUGGAGAGCUCUUAUACGAGGAUGGAGCAAAGUUGCUGAACCUUAUUAUGAAGAUGAUGGUUGGGCUGGGUGGGAUGCUGAGGGACCGGAAAAUGGUGAAGGUAUGAGAUGGGAAACUUUUAGCUUACUUGGAAAAGUAGCUCAGAGUUGAACUUUUUCCGUUUCGCGGAAGAUGAGGAUUGAUUUUGAGGAAACAUGGAUUACUCAUGCAUGUAGAAAGAUUCCAGUAGUUUACAAAUCAGAUUAUCAUUGAUUGGUACAAGUAC